UUUGUUGUUGGGUAGUAAUGACGAAUGAAGGCGGGUCUGAAUUUUCCUUACCAGCUGUUGCCGUCCGUAUGAGGCCUCGUCUGGAUCGAGAACGGAUGCGGAGAGAAAGAGUAGCGGAUCGUUUGCGUCUCGACGAGAGAUCACGACGCGUCAUCGUUCACGCCAGUAGCGACAAACCUCACGAGAUGAUCUUCGAUCACGUCUUCGCCUCGCGCACGUCACAGCAUCGACUGUACACGGGAUGUCAGCUGCAAAGAUCGGUGAAGGCGGUCGCUCGCGGUGAACGAUUGCGCUCUUGCGUCAUAGCGUACGGUCAAUCGGGAUCGGGAAAGACGUACAGUCUGUACGGCGACGAAGAGUCUCCUGCUAUCGUGCAGCAUGCAGCCAGGGACGUGUUCAAAGUCGUCGAUUAUGCUCGAGGUCCAGAAGAAAUCGACGUGAGAAUGUCGUUUGUCGAGAUUUGUAAUGACAGACUGCACGACUUGCUCGAUCCGACCAAGACCGACCUUCACGUGCGCGACACGAAGUGCACGGCGCGCGUUGAAGGUUUGUCUGAACACGUCGUGUCCAGCACAGGCGAUGUGAUGAGGCUGGUGAAAGGAGGACUAUCGAGAACGUCAAAACACGCCAUCCGUAGCAGCUUCGAGAACAACUUUACUCAUACCGUCUUAGGUCUCAAAAUUAUACGACAUCCACGAAAAGAAGAGGAAAGGGUAUGGGAAGGUCAUCUGGAGUUCGUCGAUUUGGCUGGAGCCGAUAAAACUGGAGAUGUCAUUUCUCAACAAUCGACUGUAGAGGCAAGAAAGAGUUCUCUCUCGCUCUUGUCGCUCGCUCAAGUUGUGAUCGCUCUCGUUCAUAAAGGCACACACGAUCACGGCUUUAUUCCAUAUAGAAACUCUGUGUUGACACGUCUUCUCAAAGGAAAUUUGAAUGGAAGCUGUCGAACUCUCAUUCUCGUUUGCAUCACUCCGCUUUUUGCCAAUCUGCGCGAUACUCUCAACAGUUUGAAGUUUGCCGUGUCCGCUAAAUCUAGAGACCAUUCGUUGCGAAGCAGAGAACAUUUCAAGAGUUUGUCGUUUUCUCACCAAGUGCCGCCUUUCAAACAGUCUUACUCUGCGAGAUCGCGUUGCAAUGGGAGCGACGAGGACAGGUUGCGAUCGAGAGCGUUGCUACCAGGACAACCGACCGAUGAAACGACGACAGAAGACGAGACGACGACUAGAACUGCGACGAGCUGUGCAAGCCACCUGGCGGAAUCAUCGUUUGCAGAUCGAGUCGUAGAUGAGAGUACCAUCGGUAAUUUCGUCAUGCCGGGUGGUGACGGCGUACCGGAUACAGCGAUGGAGGCACUUAUGUUUGCCGAGGCUGCACGUAGACUUGGGAGGGACGUCGGAAACUAUAUCUUAUAUCUUGCAGAGAAAGGAAUGAAACCGGAACAGUUUGCAGACACUGCGAGGAAGUCUGGAAUGUCGUUGGUCGAGCUUGCCGAGUAUACAGCGUCUGCUGGAAUUCAUCCGAUGGAGUUUGCACGACACUAUGGCGUUCUUACAGAUCGAUGUCCUACGGCAACUUCGGCGACUGGCGCAGUCAGAGCUUCCUACAUCUCGGACAGUUCGUUGCAAGAUCUCUUGGAUUACGGCUCUACUCUACAGAGAGGGGUCGCAUGUCAAGAUCGAAGAGUUGGGGAUAAGAUUUAUCGCGGAGUAUUCACUGGAGCCGACGGCGCACUCUUCUUUAUGGAAGCUUUGGAAGGGGUAUCGACGGUAUCAGAAGCCGAGCAGGUGGGAGCAAAGCUUAUGCUUCUUGGAGUUAUUUCUCCAGUUGGUGCUCAUUGCCAGUUCAUCGCGUCACCUAGACAUUUGUACUGUUUUAGUUACGAGGAGACCGUGUGUGACCGAGUGUUAGAACGAGCUAAUGACCCUAGCCAUCAGACUGUAAAGCAAAAUACACGAACAACUGCAUGUAUAAUUCUCUGAAACAGUAUUAAAUAAGUUUUCUAGAUUGAGGUCAUUGGAAAGGACCGUUUGUGUGCGCGCCACGCACACGAACACAAACACACAUGCACACACGUAAUGCAAAGCGCGGAUUUUGUUCGCGUCCUAAUCAAACAAACCGUAUUGAUAAUCGACAACCACAGCAAGUAACAACACAACCACUCCAACUGUAAGCAACUGCACAACCAAAAAAUACGUGUUUUACGCCACGUGUGAACACCACUCCCAAAACCCCGGAUAUAUCCAUCCAUUAACACAUAGUCUCUGGCCCAUUACAUACAACUUUGUAUUUCGACGAUAGCCCCCUGUAUAAUGUCUGAGUAGAAGGGGCUAUUGGGCUAGUGAAGGUUAUUCUCUAGACAUUAGAGUCAGUGUUAAUUAACUCAGCAUUCGUCUACAUACAUUGGUGACAGAAUGGAGUCACAAUCCUGCAGGUUUUAAUGGAACGGGUGACCUUUUGUCGUUA